AUGCCCCUCCAGACUAAGCACAUGCAAAUGGGGUCUCCUUUACUCAAUGCAGUGCAAACGCUGCGCUCACGGACGACACGAUAUCCCACCAAUCUUUUAUCUCAGAGCAGAUACUCUGCUACAGCAGCUGCCCCCCUUCGUUGCUUAUUAGAUCGUCUGAGGAUACCGAGUCACGGAACUUCGAGAUUCAACAAGGCGAAUCCAGUCGCGACGAUACAGACACGAUCCUUCCGUCAGUUUUCAUACAAUAACUCAUCAGCGCAAUUAACAUCUGCAUCUGCAUCUGCACCAGCGGUCUAUUCUCCCCCGCAAACCGGCAUCAUCUCUUACCUCCCAAGAUCUUGGAUACCGUAUGCCGAACUGAUACGCCUGGAUAAACCCACCGGAACGUACUAUCUCUUUUUCCCAUGUCUAUUUUCGACGUUGCUUGCUGCUCCUCUGGCUAUGCCAAUGGCAUCCCCUUUCGAAAUUCUGGCAUAUACAGGCCUUUUCUUUAGUGGCGCGUUAAUCAUGCGAGGUGCGGGCUGCACGAUCAACGACCUGUGGGAUAAGGAUUUCGAUCCUCACGUGACACGCACAAAAUUCCGGCCAAUUGCACGAGGCGCAGUGACUCCAGAGAAGGCCAUUGUGUUUACUGGUUUCCAACUUCUAGCAGGUUUAGGAAUACUUCUUCAGUUUCCCCUGCAAUGCCUGUAUUAUGGAGUACCCAGCCUGCUGUUUGUCGCAACAUAUCCUCUGGCCAAAAGAAUUACAUACUACCCGCAGGCAGUUUUGGGAUUGACAUUUUCUUGGGGCGCUAUCAUGGGUUUCCCAGCUCUCGGCGUGGACCUACUAAGUCAUACCGAUGCUCUACUUUCCGCUACGGCUCUUUAUAGCAGUUGUGUAGCCUGGACUGUGUUAUAUGACAUGAUCUACGCGCAUAUGGACAUCAAGGAUGAUGUAGCUGCCGGUAUCAAGUCCAUCGCUCUACGACAUGAGCACAAUACCAAGGCAGUCCUCUCGGGGCUAGCUGUUACUCAGGUAUCACUUCUUGCACUUGCUGGCUGGGCCUCCGGUGCCGGGCCGAUAUACUUCGUAGGCACUUGCGGGAGCGCUAUUGUAUCAUUGGGUAUGAUGAUCUGGAGAGUACGCCUCAAGGACGUCAAGAACUGCUGGUGGUGGUUUAAGAAUGGUUGUUGGAUCACCGGUGGAGGUAUAGCAUUGGGCAUGACAGGAGAGUAUCUUGCGCAGUAUUUUGGAUACUAUAAAGACGAGGAUCAACCGUCUCGCGCCAUAACGGCAGCGACAUCCGCAAUCAGAGCCCCCAGUCCAUGGACUCUAGCAUCUUCAAGUCCCGCGGCUAUUCAGUUUCGUCGUCUUCUCUCCUCCGAAACUAGAGCAGCUAUCGACAAGGCCAUUCAAUCGGCACCCGUCGUGUUAUUCAUGAAAGGAACUCCCGAAACACCACAAUGCGGCUUUUCGCGAGCAAGCAUACAGAUUUUGGGAUUGCAAGGAGUUGAUCCCAAGAAGUUUACAGCAUUCAAUGUUCUUGAGGAUCCCGAACUCCGGCAAGGAAUCAAAGAGUACUCCGACUGGCCAACGAUACCCCAGCUCUACGUCGACAAAGAAUUCGUAGGUGGUUGCGAUAUUCUGAUGUCCAUGCAUCAGAACGGUGAGCUAGCGAAAUUACUCGAAGAGAAAAAUGUCCUCGUGGCGGCUGAAGAGUAAAUUGAAACCAGGAUAUCUAUGUAUACAAAACAAAGAUCAUAAUAUUGUAUCAACAGAUCUGUUCAUGUUUCAUGACAAGCCAGGUGGUUGUCUCCUCCAACGGCUAUAUUUGAAGAAAGGCUCAACAACGCCGAAUAUGCUUAUGCAGGCCAAUUCACAAGUAUAUUAUCCGAGCAAUCCGCCUAGGACAACCCUGCUCACUCCCCCGAUUUCGCUUUUUGCACCACUCCUACUUGCAUCUUCAAAGUCUCUGACGACACCUGCGACCAUAACUUUGCGCAACUUUGCAUCUGUCUUAGUGAAUAAUUCUCCAAAGCCGGUUGUACAUACGCUGGGCGAAGAAACUAGACCCGUAAGUCUGUUGUAACAAUCUAUCAACACAUCGCAAAGCGUGACGAAAGUCUCGAAAAAGUCCGGGUCGAACGGGAGUGAGGGCGUUAAUAGAUAUGUGUAUUCCUCCCCCGGAAGUAAGUCUGAGGAGUCCGUAUUGGGAAAAGAGGUAACUGCUGAUGCUGCAGUGGCCGAAGACGCAAGGUUACCGGUCAUGGCUUUCACAUCCGAUGAAUCACCAAAAUGCAUGGGUAGGCCAAUUUCAUUCGCUGAGCUUGCUCGCCUCGUUUUGUUGCCCGUAUAUGUUGCCCUCUUAAACAUCUGAGGUAGCCUUGCGCGGACAAGGUUUGAAGAGAAGUUUCCAUCUGGAUUAUGAACUUGCUGAAAUGUUUCGAAUUCGACUAAGAGGGCAUGGAGAGCGCGUAGAUACUCCAUUGGGGUUGUAUAUGCAUCCAAUAUAGGAGGGAGUGAGAGGCCGAGGAGUAGGAAAUUGAUUGCGCGACGAGAGAGUCUUUUGGGGUCAAAGUAAGGCAUUCGCAUGAGGUCAUGUCGGGAGAAAUGUACAGUAUUGAACCAAUAUACUCGUCCUUCGUGA